AGCGCGCCGAGUCCUUCGCCUAUGAGGGAUUCAUCGGAUGUGUCUGGGGUGAAUGUUGCAAAGGAGGAGGGAGAUAAUGUGGUUGUGGCUGUGGUUGAGGGGGAAGAAUCUGGUUGCAGAAGGGGUGAAGAUGUAGUGUCAUUUGACAAUCUUGUGGUUUUCGUCGGUGUGAAUGCUAGGGUGGCGACUGUUGAGAGUGGGUGACUUGGCUGGACGGAGCAGCUCUCACUGCUUUGCGGGAGUGGUAUUACCCGUCAUCCCAUUCCCACUCCCCUUCAGCUCCUCUUCCCCCCGUUCCCCUGCUGCUUUCUCGCCCUGCACGCUCCACCUUGGUGGACCC